AUGCCAGUCAGGGUUAAAGAUAUUCUCACCAACAGGAGAGUUACGGUUUGCAUGGUGUGUAUAUUCGUCGUGGUUAUCGCAUGGUCCUCGCCGGUCUUCUACACCAGUCAGGUCGUGUGGAGAUUUGAUUUCGCUUCAAACCGGACAUAUCUUGGGGUCAACUUCACAUCCAACCGACGAAUCAUAGACUCUUUGACCUUCAGUUUAGUCAGCGUCGUGUCUGUGUUUGGCUCUCUGCUCACCGUAAUCGCCACAACUACCGCCAUGGUCAUCCGGCUCACCAAAAACACGAAACGGCGGAAAUCAAGCUCUACUUCCGGUAACAACCAGUUCUCCCGGAAAGAGAUGAAGAUGAUAAAAAUGGUAAAGAUUUUAUCCCUGGUCUACGUCGUCUGCUCGGCCCCAGAGGUCGCUUGGAUGAUCUGGCCUAUGGUUGACAAGACCAUCAUUGUGACAGGACUAAACCAAAAUCUCGUCAACGUCACCAACGGCUGUACGUUUUUACUGCAGGCCAUUAACUCGUCUAUUGGACUGUUUGUCUACUAUUUCCUGAGCUCUAAGUACAAGCAGACAUUUAGAGAAGUAUUCUGUUCUUGUUAA